UUGCCCAGAACGUCACAUGUGACAGCUGUCAUCAGUUACAGUUGUUCGCCUAAGUAAAAAAGUGAACAAUCUGCUUUCAUGUUUGUUGGAAAUUCCGCCCAGCAAAUGAAUCAGUAGCAUUCGGAAGCAAUCAGGCCGGAGACAACGCACAGCCAUUGCAGCCACUCGCCGAAUCCCCAUUGGCUUGUAGCAUUUCGCAACAGGCCCCCGAAAAUACUUGGAAUACCUACAAGACUAUCCGGCAUUUUGCAAUCUAUCCCUGUUCGCUUGGAAAUCGCGCCACAUUCGAAAGCCCCGUGCAUGAACACCCAGUAUACGAUGGCAGAUUCAGCCAGCGAGUCGGACUCGAGCAGCAUCGAUGGGGGCCCCAUCAUGAUGCCCCCCAGCCCCAUAACACGGGAACAGCUGCAAAAGCGCAUCGAAAGCCUGCAGCAGCAGAACAGGGUGUUGAAAGUGGAGCUGGAGACCUACAAGCUGAGGGUGAAGGCCCUGCAGGAGGAGAACAGGGACUUGCGGAAGGCCUCGGUUAUCAUACAAGCGAAGGCAGAGCAGGAAGAAGAAUACAUCUCGAACACGUUGCUGAAGAAGAUCCAAGCCCUCAAAAAGGAGAAAGAGUCCCUGGCGCAUCAUUACGAGAGGGAGGAAGAAUGCCUUACCAACGACCUGUCGAGGAAACUCACGCAGUUAAGGCAAGAGAAGUGCCGGCUGGAGCAGACUCUGGAACAAGAGCAGGAGUGUUUGGUCAAUCGCCUGAUGAGGAAGAUCGAAAAACUGGAGGCGGAGACGCUGGCCAAGCAGAGCAACCUGGAGCAGCUGAGGAGGGAAAAGGUGGAACUGGAGAAUACGUUGGAGCAAGAACAGGAGGCUCUGGUGAAUAAGCUGUGGAAGCGAAUGGACAAGCUGGAGACGGAAAAGCGGAUGCUGCAAAUCAAGCUGGAUCAGCCGGUGUCCGAUCCGGCCAGCCCCAGGGAUAUUAGCAGCAAUGGCGACACUGCUACCAAUCUGAGCGCCCACAUCCAGACUUUGCGGCAAGAAGUGGCUCGGCUGCGCCAAACGCUGGCGAUCAGCCAGCAGGAGCACACACAGAAGAUGCAGCGCUACGUGCAAGAAGAGCGCAACAUCAAAGAGGAGAACCUCAGACUGCAGCGCAAGCUGCAGCUGGAGGUCGAGCGCAGGGAGGCCCUGUGCAGGCACCUCUCGGAAAGUGAAAGUUCCUUGGAGAUGGAGGAGGAGCGACACUACAACGAGCAAGUGAUGGGAGUGCGACAGCACACGAUGUCUCCUAUUCCAUAUAACCCGUCUCCUACUCACAGUCGUCCAUUGAGCCCCGGUCUGAGCUCUCAAAUGCAAACUCCGUCGCGUCUGUCGGACGCCCUGCUGGCAGGAACUUCGGGGGUGCCGCCGCCCCGCUGUCCAUCCUGCGGACAAACGCCGCUGCCCCACGGCGUCCAAGGAAGCCCGCCAGCGCCGCCCCACCGCAGGGCUUCGGAAAGAUUCGUCAAGCCGGCCGUGCCUGCGCCCAGCAUAAACAUGUCGGGGAUGAUUCCCGUGGUGUCUUCAGGCGUUUGCACUGUAGUCCAGCCGGCAAGUCCAAUGGAUACCAGCGGCGGAAAGGACUAAGGCCGUUUUCGCGUGUAUCGUCAGGUAAAACACUGUUUCUUCUAUACGGCUUGCGGGCUGGAAUGGUGCGCCUCUGAGUCUUCUACCAGCUACUGUUUCUUGUUAAUCUGUACUUAUGCGUUCAUUUUUCUAUCUACUUUGCGGCUUGAGCCGUCGACUGCAGCCUUAUAAGCAAAUCGAGAAACUGUGGCCGUUGUAACUUGGCCUGUUGUAAAGUCGCUGCCAAGUUCACACUUUGUGAUAUUUCAAAUUUAUUAAAAGAAAAUGAAAAAGUGUGUGUACCUACUUUUGCUGUUUAUGAUCGUGUACAGGGUGGCCCCUCAAAGGCCCGGGUUUCUUCCACGAAAGUCUCAGCCCUGUAUAUUGUGUGUUUUCUAUAUGUUAAGGUUCAAUGUACUUCUUCAAUCGAUGUCGAUUUUCAUCACUCUUCAUGGCUUGCCAAGCUGCCGAUUUUCGUUCACUAUUAGUUAAGCAAUAACCUUGGCUUCAGCUUUGUAUAUUCAUUGUUCUCCUUUCCAUAUAAACGAGAAAUACUAUCGUACUUUAGUUAUACUUAGGGGUUAAUAUUGCUAGUUAUAAAAACAAUUUAAAAGCCACCAACGCCGACAUCGGCGUUGUAAAAAAAUUAAUUAAAGUGAUAUUAGACUAACGAUUUCCUCAAACUUUUGGCCAAUUAAUCUCCAUGUUACGCUUGUUUUGUACAUAAGAAGAAAACCUAAUUUGCGCUGCACAGCUCGAAACUGAGUUAAGUUUAGUCCUUGCACGCUCCCGAAUGUUUGCCGGACAACCGUGUUACUGUUAAUAAGACUCUUUAUGCAUUGUGUUACGCACAGAUCAGCUAUUAGGGUUAACUAUUUACCGUUGUUUUAAGUUUUUUCUAUAUGGGGUGCUCUUGCACCAUUUGCUAAGUUACGCGCUCGGACUUUUUCCUAAAGGGUUCGUGUUAAUUGAGUAUUUUUCAGUUCUAAAUAAAUAUUAUAGACACUUU